AUGGCCGCGCCCAGCUGUAAUGCUCUGGGCCUCUGGGUGCGGGGUUCCGGGCAGUGGUUAGGGAGUUCCUUCACCCUCAUCUCCCAGCCGUUUUGUUCCGCCGCUGCUGCGUCUGGGACCCUGAAUGCUCAGCGGUUAGCGGAGAAACUCCGAGCUCAGAAGCAGGAACAAAAGACGAAGAAGCAACCGGUGCCCACAAACCCUGUUCAGCGGAGAGUGCAGGAACUAGUGCGGUUCACACAGCAGCUGCAGCGAGUCCACCCCAACGUGCUUGCUAAGGCACUGAGCCGGGGGAUUGUGCACCAGGACAAAGAUCUCGUGGUCAUCAAUAAACCGUACGGUCUUCCCGUGCAUGGUGGCCCUGGGGUCCAGCUCUGCAUCAGCGAUGUAUUGCCUAUCCUGGCAAAGAUGCUCCGUGGCCACAAGGCAGAGCCCUUGCAUCUGUGCCACCGGCUGGACAAGGAGACCACGGGCGUAAUGGUGUUGGCAUGGGAGAAGGAAGUGGCACAUCAAGUUCACGAGUUGUUUAGAACCCGUCAGGUGGCAAAGAAGUAUUGGGCCAUCACUGUGCGUGUCCCGGUGCCCUCAGCGGGAGUCGUGGAUAUCCCCAUCAUUGAGAAGGAGGUGCAAGGUCAGCAGCAGCACUACAAGAUGACGCUGUCCCCGGGCUACCGCAUGGAUGACGGGAAGAUGGUGAGAGCCCGAACCAGCCAGGGCGCGCACGUAGCUGUGACUCAGUACCAGGUGCUAAGCAGCACUCUCUCCUCUGCUCUCUUGGAGCUCCAGCCAAUUACCGGCAUAAAACAUCAGCUUCGAGUUCACCUGUCUUUUGGAUUGGAUUGCCCAAUCCUUGGGGAUCACAAGUACUCAGACUGGAAUAAGCUGGCCCCCCAGAAGCUGUGUGUUGGUACCCUGAGGAAGCUGGGGCUGAAGCAGGCAAAGGCGCGCCACAUCCCCCUUCACCUGCACGCCAACCAGCUGAUCCUGCCGGCCCUGGCGUCCAGGAAGGAGGAACUAAGCCUGGUCUGCAAGCCUCCUCGCUACUUUGUGUGCUCCCUGAAACGGCUGGGCUUACAGAUGCCAAGUCAGGAUCAAAGUGGGGACGACGAAGCUGGACGUCCGAGAGCACAGUGAAGACAGUUGGGCAGGUUAGCCCCUAAAUUCUUCACUGUGUUUAAUGGGCUCUGCUAACUUCUCACUGGGGACAGAUCUGGAUGGGCCAGGUUCGAGAAGUGGAAGAAGCCCAGCUUCCAGUAAAGCAUCGGGGCUUUUACUGGAAGCUAAAUAUUUACCGAUACUCUGGCCAUACUCUGGAAGAGCCUGCAGGAAGUCUCCCUGCCAAGACAAAAGAGAACCCAGGACCAGGCAGAUUGGGUCAAUAAUUGGAAAAGGAGAACUACAGCAGAGAAUCUGCUCGUAUCCAACAGUAAAGCUCUUGAUCUAUCGGAAGGCUCCUGUGGUUGGAAAGAACAUAUAAUGGCUAUCUGACUGAUAGGUUCAGAAGCAGUUACUGCCCUCAUGGACAUUCAGGAUCUAUUAGCAAAACCUUUCUGCCCCACUUGCCUAGUCUCGGAUUUCAUAGGCCCAUAUCCUAGAAUGCAGGCUUCUGUGCUGCUGGAGCCCGGGAGCCUCACUGCAGGAGUGACUGGAGCCUGCCAAGUGGUGUUUAAUAAGCAAGAAAAGCAGAUGUAAACAGGCGAGGUGUGAGGCCCCAGUGGGGAGCACUCACACCGUCCAGAGAGGGCACCUGUUAGCUCCAGCUGGGUAUUGCAAUGUGGAAACAGAUUUUCUAAUUUUUUCCUAGGAAACCUGGAUAUAGUCGACCCUUGAACAGCACUGAGGGGUGUGGGGGCACUGACCCCUCCCUUCCCCCCGCUGCACAGUAAAAAAUUCACAUAUAACUUUUUUUUAAAUUUUUU